GCUGCUCAAGAAGCUGAAGGAUACGACAAGGUCCAUCAAGUACAAGGAUUGCGUUGGAGAGGCGCCUGGCGACUCAGGCGACUACGUUGACGAUGGGCGACCUGAAGGCAUGGACGUCGACGCCGAGGGCGUGGACACAGACGGACAAGUUGCAGGACCAGGAGAUGAGCAGGCACGACCCAACGAGGAUCAGCGGAGAGGCGACGAGGCCGAGCCACUCGCGCAGGCGCCGUCAGAGGCGCAGCCGCAAGAUGCGGUAGGCGAGUCUCGACCGGAUGCUGCUGCACAGGCGAACGAAGGUGAGCGCGAACCAGAUCCCGAGGCCACGAGCCGAGAAGCAGCAGAAGACGCUGAGCCAGAAGCCAAGGUGGAAAAGCAGAAAGCAGAUGACAGAGACGAACUACUGGAUAGUAUCAACGCGGCAAGGCGGCUGGGCGGGCUCCGACCACUGACGAAGAGGCCGAAGAUCACCCCGAGGGAGACGCAGCCUAAGACGGAUAUUGAAAACGAUAUACCCGAGUUGUUAUUACUACUGUACGAAGAUGAAGAAACGGUUUACUUAACGAAUGCGGCGAAGCGUGACGCGGUCGUGGAGGCCAGGCUCGCGAUGGACGAGAGGAACCAGUUCGAUGAGGCCAAGACCAAGGCGCUGAUGCCCUGGAUCGAGAACCAGGCGUGGCAGGCGGUCAACGAGUCCACGGCGGACGCCGAUGAAAUAUGCCCCAUGCGUUUCCUGCUGAAGCGGAAGAUGAAAGACGGAGUUCGAGAGGCCAACGCCAGAAUUAUUCUACAAGGAUUUCAUUUGGAAGAGGUCACGAGCACGAAUGCGGAGAAGGCCAAUCCGACGCUGACGAGGCUUGCGAGGUAUAUCAUCCUACUCGUCCUGUGCCAGUCGUGGAAGAUGAUCGCGGCAGACGUGAAGAGCGCGUUCCUGCAGGCGAAGGACAUUCGUGAACAAGGGGUGCGAGUAUUCAGCAGACCGACGAAGGACAUCCGAAGAAGGCUGGCCAAGCUGAUGAACCUGAAGGACGACGAGAUUCUGCAGAUGCUGAAGCCCGCUUUCGGAGAUGUUCGGGCGCCACGGCAAUGGAAUCAAACGAUCACCGAGGCCAUGAUCGACAUUGGGGCGGAUGACGGCCAGAACUACGUCCUGGACGGGGUUCUGGGAUUGCACGCGGACGACUUCAUCGGCGGCGGCGAGAACCUCGAGUGCGAGGCGGACCUGACCGACAAGCAAGCCUACGAGGGCAAGUUCCUGGAUCGAGUUCAGAAUCUCAGCAGGAACGAGAUCGAGGUCAAGGCCGAGGCGUACAUCCUCAAGGUCAAGCCGAUAAGCGUCGAGAAGGUUCGCCGACAGCACCCAGACGAUGUGUGUACACCAACGGAGAUCAGUCAGCUGCGAGGACUGAAUGGAGCUAUGCAGUGGCCGGCAUCUCAGUGCAUGGUGCAGGCGGCUGCGACGGUUUCGUUUGCCCAAGGCGACGUGAGCAAGGCUACAGUGGGGGGUUUGCUGGAAGCCAACAAGUCACUGCGAUUCCUGAAGACGAGCGGAGACGUGGGCAUUCGUAUCCGAUAUGUAUCCAAGUGGGAGAUGCUACGAGAAGCUCAGGUGGCGGCCAGCGCUGUGGACGCUCUACCUUCGCUGGCAGCGAAGACGAUGUUGACCACUAUGCUCUACCCCGACCAGCAGCUGACGGGCAAGGACAUGCUACAGGUGCCGGGGCGGAAUCCGUGCAUCGCGGACUGCAAGGCGCUCUACGAUGCGACGAAUUCUCAAGCACCAGCCGGUGGCUUGACGGAGCGCAGGACGGGCAUCGAGAUCGUGCAGGUAAACGAGAAGAUGAGGGAGUUCGGUGGCGUGUGGAGGUGGACGAACACGUUUCAGCAGAUGGCGGACGGUUUGGCGAAGUUGCAGGUGCGACAGCAAUUUGUGGAGAAGCUGCGAAGGAUGACACACGCACUGAAGUACGACGCCACGUUCACAGGAGAUAAGAAGGUCACUCAGAAGGAGCGCGAGAAGAAUGAGCAGGAGUUGAACGAUGCAGCAGCCGAUUUUGACGAAGCGAAUGCUGUUGAGCAGUCGCAAGAUGGAGAAGAAGAGCGCGAGACG